CGUGAUCCGAUAKAGAAAGGUUUGAUAUSUGAAUGCCUUGCCUUCUACUKUUCGGAUUGUGCCAACCGUCAGGAGGAGCAUCUGGCGUACCGGAAAAGAGGGUCUAUAAGACCUCCUCGAUGUAUAGAGAUAGGGAGUGGGCCCUUGAUUGGGUGGGGGGCCURCACGAGGCGGGAUGUGGGGCCGCUGUGUUCCUGAAGAACGCCGCGGCCGACGACUGGUUCUGUCUUGGAGGGAUCAUAAAAUCCGAGGAUGAGAGGGCGGACGGGCACGGACGGAAGUUCAGGAGGUUCUUCCUCACGACAGUGUUUGACGAACACGGAGUGGACCACGCUAAGGUUGACCAUAAAGUCAGCCUUGACUACAAUUUAUUCAAGGGGUAUGGAGCUAAGGCGAUUACCAUGCGAGCGUUCGAUAUAUCCCUGAAGGAAGACGGGAGCGCGUUGACGAUGCUUGACCCCGUGAAAUUCCUCGCCAAAACAAACAGGUACAGGCGAUCCGGAAACAGUCCCAUCGUACAGGCCGGGCAUCGAAUGUCUUCGACGCUCGUGCCUUUUGACACGCCAGACGAGGAUCUCCCGGAUAUAGCGAAGAGAGUGAGACAGAGUUCGGCGGAUUGUUUUCCAACGCAACAGACCUCAGGUGGUGGGAGCCGGCGUCGAAAAAAACAGAGCCAGCCGCGUCGUCACAUCGAGGAAGGGGCGCGAGGUCCUUCUGUCAAAUCGGCCCGCUUGAAGGAAUGUGCAAGACCGUCUCGGCAGUCCGCCCAGCAACGCGGAGGCACCCCUGUCAUCACAUCCUCAAGGAAGGGAUCGGCGGGUCGUCAGGCUCCUGAUCGCCAGGAGGGCGAUGGAGGUGCGUCCAGGAGGGCAGCCCUGCGGGAGAGGAGCGAGGGAUCAGACGAAGGAACGGAGAACGAUUCCAAGAUUCAUGUCGAGCGGAACGCGCAGGGUAAUCUUGUCAUCGACGAUGAGCAAUGUGGGGUCCAAGAGGACGAUGCCAACGAGGACAUAAGCGAGCGAGAGAGAGAGGGCGAGGAGCGUGAGGACUCUCUGCCCGACUGCGAGGACGGAGAGUCUCGACAGUUCGAUGGGGGCGACUAUGGGGACGGUGGGGAAAACGAUGAAGACUGCCUUGCCGAUGAUGAGGAUGGAGGGGAGGAAGGGUCCGAUGAUAUGGAGGUCGAUGAGGGAGCAGGAGAUCGGUCGGAGGGCAGUGUGUAGAAAAGGAAGCGGCGAUCUUCAACAAGUCCGACGGGGGUGGCGGAUAAACGCGCUGCUAAGAG